CUCAUACUUAUAUUCUAACAUUCCGGUGUACAUCUCAACAAGGAAACCUCCCUCCAUUCACGUUUGAGCUACCCGAGAAACAAAGUCCACGAUGAACCAAAGAAACAACCACCGUUUGGUCCUCUUCCCUCUACCAUUCCAAGGCCACAUGAACCCAAUGCUCCAACUGGGUCGGAUCCUCUACACCCGAGGCUUCUCCAUCACCAUCCUCCACACCAACUUCAACGCCCCGGAUCCGUCCUCCCACCCUCACUUUGCCUUCCGAUCCAUCGCCAACGGCCUCGACCGAUCGGAGGCCUCCACGUUGGACAUCCCUCGGCUCGUCUCGCUCCUCAAUGCCCGGUGCGCGAGCCCCUUCGAGGAAUGCCUGCGGGAAAUGAUGCCGUCUCCGGGUGUUGAUGCGGUGCCUGUUGCGUGCUUGAUAUCGGAUCAGCUGUUCAGCUUCAUGUGCGGUGUAGCCGAGAGGUUGAAGGUCCGUGCGUUGGUGUUGCGGACGGGCGGCGCGGCGUCGCUUUAUGUUUAUACUAUACUUCCGGUUCUCAAGGAAAAAGGAUAUGUUCCAACAGACGGUUCACGAUCCGAAGAGGCGGUGAAGGAGUUUCCGCCGUUACUAGUUCGAGACAUCCCCGUGGUCGAUUCGCAGAAACCUGAGAUGAUGUUCCGAUUAUUUGAUAACCUGGUCAAGGUAGUCAAGAGCUCUACCGGUGUCAUCUUCAACACUUUCGAAGAGCUAGAGCACCCUGCUCUCACGUCGCUCCGGGAAGUUCUGUCGGUCCCAGUUUUUCCCAUCGGUCCGUUCCACAAAUGCUGCGUGACAUCUUCUUCGAGCAGCUUACUAGCAGAGGACAGAAGCUGUAUCUCCUGGCUAGACGAACAGCCACUCAAGUCCGUCAUCUACGUGAGCUUCGGGAGCUCGGCGGCCGUGAGCAACGCAGAAAUCUUGGAGAUUGCACUAGGCCUAGCCGACUCUCAGCAGCCCUUUUUGUUGGUGGUCCGGCCCGGGUCAGUUGGCGAUCCGGAGUGGCCAGAGAAGUCACCGAGCCACUUCCUCAAGGCGCUGGAAGGGAGAGGGAAGAUAGUGAAAUGGGCACCUCAAGUGGAAGUGCUGGCUCAUCCUGCUGUGGGAGCAUUUUGGACCCACAAUGGUUGGAAUUCCACUGUGGAAAGCAUAAGUGAAGGAGUGCCAAUGUUGUGCAUGCCUUGUUUUGCAGAUCAAGGAGUGAAUGCAAGGUAUGUGAGCGAUGUUUGGGGGGUUGGAGUGCACUUGAAUGGUGGGCUUGAGAGAGAGAACAUUGCAAGGGCCAUCAAGAGGGUGUUGGUGGAGAGAGAAGGAGAAGAAACAAGACAGAGGGCAUUGGUUUUGAAGGAGAAGGCAAGCGGGUGCUUGACACCAGGUGGGUCUUCAUACCGAGGGUUAGAUGGAUUAGUCAAUCACAUUUUGAGAUGUGAUUCUGAAGAUAGGUUGUCAGCUCUUGAAGUAAGUGUUAACCUCUGUAACUAGCACAGAUUCAACUGAUGCUUUCUCCUUUUGAUCCCAUUCUUGGAAAGAUGCUCCAUGCACAAUCAAGGAUCACUGCAUAAACCUGUCUUUCGCCAUAAUGUAGUUGAUCUGCUCAUAAUGUUGUUGUACAUAUUGUAUUCUCAACCUACAUCGACCCGUUUUUAAUGCA